AUGCCAGCAAACUACAAUGUGCCCUAUGACCCUAGAGAGUGGGUGGGGGGGAGUCGACGAACAUCGUUCGGGUCAGACAGUCGAAAUCCAGGCUCACAAGCAGAAGAAGGGCAUACCAAUCCACCUCCGCCAUAUUCCACUGCCGCUGCCGCUGCCGCGAUAGGUGUUGCUGUCCGUGAAGCCACCAGUGCUGGGUCAACCAUAUCACCCGCAGACUCGACGUUUACAGCUCCUGGAAAUCAGUCCCAGAUAAACACCCCGACCAGCACUGCCGGAGUGUUGUCGCCACUUAAUCAAGGCUCUCAUUCUCUCGGUGAAAGCUGCCAGACCGUUAGCGAUACAAGUGGAUUGAAGUAUUUCAGUCCGUCAGGGCGAUCUGCUGGUUUCGACCACCACCAGAGCCGCGUGAGUAUUCCCUCGCAGCAGCUUGGAUCACGGCCAAACUCCACUGUGGGUGUGUCAAGACAUCCUACGGGGACCACUUUAUCAAUAAAUACCGUGGCUGCACAACAACAGCUACCUCUAUAUCCACCACUUGAUGGCAACCUUGGACAAGUCCCAGCUGCGCCAGCAUCGAGAAGAGCCGCAUCCGCGGAUGCCUGUUCUUCUCAGCCGUCGUCAGUUCAGAAUCAAGAGGGGUCUUCAUCGAGAUCAUCUUCCAAGCAGAGAAGCUGGGUUCCGGGGAUGCCAUUACCUGGUCCGCCUCCGGGGCCACCACCUUCCGCCUCAAGAUCGCACAGUGCAGGAUCGGGUCGAACUCUUGCUCAACCACAGGCCACUGGAUUCAACAGUCGAUCAGGUCAUCGCGCCCCAUUACAUGCGCCUCUACUCAGUCCUAUGCCUCCUACACCUGCAAAUUGGAGGGAUGAAUCUUCUCAUCGAUCCAGCUCCAGAACACCGAUGCCGCUACAUAUUGAGACGACAAACCUCGAUCGUGAGGACUUUGCACCCACAGGUUUGACCAGGAGUGCUGCUCUCCGUGUUUCUUCUGCUAAGGGUCUGCUGGAACGUCGGAAGCAACGUCGAAGUCUUCACGAGGGUCAAUUGUCCGAUUUCAGCGCCUUGACCAUUGACACUGACCCUUGGUUCAGCAGUUUGAGUCCGACUGGUAUCAGUCCUGAACAUUCACCAACCUUGGGCACAUUGGCCUUGGAACAAGACUCCCCGGAAACUGCCCGAAGAGGUUUGCGGACCAGUAGCAGGACCAGGAGUCGGCUCCGGGGCGGCGACGCUGAAUAUCAACCCCUUGAUUCCCCGUUUCCUCCAGCCCUGUCGAGGAGGAGUAGCCGAACACGAACGCCACUUGUCCUGCCAAAGUCGCUGCCUACACCACCACUGAGUCAAAAGAACCCCACUUCUGCGCACAGCGUUCUCCCUUCAACAGCGUCUUCAGUGUCCGAACUCGCCCAAGUCGAAUACGAUCUCUUCAUGCAAGAAGCUUCGCGGCGACAUCAACAUUUCCUCGUAAAGGAGAGCCAAGCAAACUCUGAGCUUGAGAAAUUGCAACUCUUCAUGGAAUACAUCGUUGAGGAGUCAAUGAUCCAGCGGCAGCGCUGUCCAACUCCGUUUGCAGAUGGGACCUUCAACCCGGAGGAAGCCAAGCAGCGGCUUUUUAGUGAGCUUGGGACGAACGGUCCUAUUGACACAUGUGCUGCCACACCGGGCAGAAUGCGAUCACCUAUGCACGGGAUUCGGGCCGAUCCAACCCAGCGUGCGGAAAUGUGGUCGAAAGAGUACCGCCCGGAACUUUCACCGAUUGCCAGUAUGAGCAAUGACGAACUCAGCUCCCGUGGUCGAACUGCCAGCCGAUGGUGGCAGUCACAAACUGGCUCGGAAACUGACGGCGUAACAGGUAAGAUGAAAAGAUCCAAACGAGAAUCCAAGUACAUGGGUCUCUCGGCCCUGUCAAUGCAGGAAGUGCUGUCUGAAGCCGCUACACCCACCAAUAUCAGUGACGUACAAGGCUCGACAGAGGGCUAUCCUGAUGAGAAGACCCAUCCGGAGGCAUUUGGCGUUUACGAGGAUCCCGAGGGUCUACCGCUCCAGGCGAUGGCUCCAACAAUUCCAUUUCCUCCAGAGGGUCUCGAUAUUUCACGGUUCGUUACCCUGCCUCCGCCAUACCCACGACACUACCCUGCUGUCAACAAUAGUCAUCCAAAGCUGGCCACCUAUCGCAGGAUCGUGCGGACACUCAGCGACUUGAGUGAAUUGCAGAAUAGAAGAUCUCGACAUAACCUAAGCGUAGAGGCUUUGAGGGCAGAUCACAAACGCAAGAUCGCCGAAGGACAGAAAAACUUUCGGACAAAUAUCUCGGCGCAGAUUAACGAGGGAAGUAUCACGUAUGCCGAAGCCGCCGAAGCCGAGCAAGCCCUCAAAAUGGAGGAGAACCUGUCGGAGAAAGGGUGCCUCCAAGCAGAGUUCGACACGUUGCAGGACGUGGUGAUCAACCCUAUGCACGAAAUGCUCCACGAUCGUGCAACACAGCUCAGUGCCCACAUGACUGCAUUGACCGAGCAAUUGGCCGCAGACAUGCAGGCCUCGGACCUGGAUCGACCACAACAAGAGGGGGAUGCCAUGCCCGAAAUUUUGGAAUAUUUAACACAGUUGAAGUGGUUAUUUGAAACGCGCGAAACCGUCCAUAAAGAACUGUUCGACCUCCUCACCGCCCGCAACGACAAGUACAAAGCCAUUGUGCUUCUGCCUUAUCAUCAGGUCAGCAAUUACGAAAAGAUUCGAGAUACGGAGGAUUUCUUCAAGCGCGACAGUGCUGAGCGACACAAAACCUUUUGUGAAGAAGCACUAGUACGAUAUCAGAGCUUUGUCGACCUUGUUGCAGAACAUGUUCGAGACGAAGUCCAACUUCAAUCGUCUGCAUUCUGGGACAUCGCGCCGGGGCUGCUGGAUCUGAUCCACAAGAUUCCGGAUGACUUGGAUCGACCCGGUGCCCUUGCAAUCCCUGAUGCUGAAUACGCCGAGAACCCCGAAUACCGCCGAUUUCCACAACAAUACCUUUUCACAUUGCUUGAUCACGCAGAGAGAUCGACCUAUCAAUUCAUUGAAUCUCAAAGCAAUCUCCACUGUCUGCUCCACGAAGUCAAGGUGGGCCUGAUAGCAGCAACAUGUCGAGCUGCUGAAGCCAGGCGAGCCCGUGCCGAGCUGGAUGGACCCGAACCCGGACAAGAUCCCCAGAAGAUUCGAGAUGAGCAAGAAAAGACGGCCACGGCAGAAUUGAAGCAGCAAGUGGCAAUGAUUGAGGAGCAAUGGCUCGAAGCGCUGGGAAGUGCCCUACAAGGCAAGAAGGGACAGGUCAAAAUGUUUUUGGAAAGUGUUGGUGGAUGGGAUGAAUCUAUACAGGCGACCGAGUAG